AUGAUCAUCCCAGUGCGAUGCUUCACGUGUGGUAAAGUUAUUGGCAACAAAUGGGACGCUUAUUUGGGAUUAUUACAAGCAGAAUAUUCUGAAGGUCGUGAUGCGCUUGAUGCUCUGAAUUUACGUCGUUAUUGCUGCCGAAGGAUGCUUUUGUCACAUGUUGACUUAAUCGUUAAGUUGCUUGACUAUCAUCCUCUGGAAAAAUGA